UUGGAGUGAAAAUAGCGUAUAAUUGAGGAAGCAAAGUAUUAUUUUUUUCUGUGGUUUCUUAUAUUUUGACAAUACAUAUUUAAAUCGUGUUACAUUUUUAUACUCGUGAUCAAUUGAUAAGAGAAAGAAAAUUGUGUAAAAUAAAUUUAAAAAAAUAUGAAUAAAAUAUCAAGUAUUGGAUUUUUAGGAGGCGGAAAAAUGGCCCAGUCCAUGGCCAAAGGUUUUAUUAGUGCAGGUCUUUCAAAAGCAGAACAAAUAUUUGCAAGUGUCCAUCCAAAUGAUAUAAUGAGUUUUGAAGCAUUUAAGCGUUUAGGAGCAAAUGUGACUAUUGAAAAUGAUCCAGUCGUUCAAAAGUCAAAUGUAAUUUUUGUGUCAGUAAAGCCAAAUGUUGUAACAAAAGUUUUAGAAGAAAUUAAGCCAAUUAGUGAUAAUAAACUUUUUAUAUCAAUAGCUAUGGGAAUAACACUAAAAGAAUUGGAACAGAGUUUGUCAUCAACUUCACGAGUGAUACGAGCGAUGCCUAAUAUAGCUGCUAUGAUACAAAAAAGUUGUUCUGUAUUUGUACGUGGUUCCAAAGCGGAUGAUGAUGAUGCAAAAGUAACUCAAACUUUGUUUGAGUCUCUUGGGACAUCUGAAGAAGUUGAAGAAAAACAGUUAGAUCCAAUUACUGCUUUAAGUGGAAGUGGUCCAGCUUAUGUUUUUGUGAUGAUUGAAGCUAUGGCUGAUGGUGCUGUUAAAAUGGGUCUACCUCGUGAUUUAGCAUACAGAUUAGCAUCUCAAACUGUUUUGGGUGCUGGGCAUUUAGUUAAAAAUAGUGGAAGACAUCCCGCUGAGUUAAAAGAUGAUGUCACUAGUCCUGGCGGUUCAACUGCAGCUGGUCUAAGUCGCUUGGAACUAACACUAUUUCGAGCAUCAGUUGCUGGUGCUGUUGAAGCUGCUACACAAAGAUGUCUAGAAAUAUCUUCACAAAGUUCGGGCAAAUAGUACUUAUGUCAAUAGCCAAAUACCGUUUUAUAUAGAUUCACAUAGUAUAUGUAUAUGUAAUUAUAAUUUGGUCCAAAUAUUGAUAGUCAAAAUUAUUAGGUUUAAAAUAUUAAAAUUAUAUUUUAAAUUAUUACGUUUGUGUCAAUCGUUUUACCUGUUAAAUUUAGCGAAAUUAAUAAAUUUUUGAUAUC